UAAGCUGUCUAAUUCAGUGCGUGCGCAAAUCAUGGCAGAGAAAGACCUAAGUUUUAAGUGGUCCGUGUUGCUGAUGGUGCUACAACUGAUCCUGGCUGGCACCGCGGAGGGUCAAAGGAUACUGGAUCGCUGCACCCUGGCCGUGAAAAUGGAUGAAUUGGGCGUUCCACGGGAUGAAUUGGCGAGAUAUGUGUUUAUUGCCAGAGAGUUGAGCAAUUUUCGGACUAAUGCGGUUAGUAGCCCGGAUCCUCAGAAUUAUCGCAAUUACGGAAUAUUCCAAAUCAGUGAUGGAUGGUGGUGUCUGUCAGAUAAGCGACUCUCCACUAUAAAUAUCUGCAAAGUGGACUGUGAGCAGCUGCUGUCGGACAAUAUUCGUGCCUCCGUUAAAUGCGCACAGGAAAUAAAGAAGACUCAUGGCUGGGAUGCCUGGCAAAAUGUCAUGGUCCGAUAUGACGAAAGUGGACAAACCAGCGUCGAUGAUUGCUUCCCGGAGGAGACUUCUGUACAAGUUUCUACUGCUAAUGACACUGCCACAGGGGGCAGUGGCAGAUCACAGCAAACUUCCAACAGAUUCCAAGUAAAUAAUGAUGUGAGCAUUAGCAAUGAUUGUAUUAUUUGGUCGAAUUAAGGACAUUGUGUACAGUGUCUCGCAGUUCAACUGGAACAGCGCCUAGCAAAAUAUUUAAAGUGCUAUAACUUUUAAACAAAACAAUAAACGCAAAAUGUUUAAA